GCAGAAUGUAUGUAUUAAGUGGUUAUAAUAAUUGUAUAAGAAUUAAAUAUUAGAGUGAAAUGUAUUUCUGAACUGGAAAAAAUGAAGAGAGAGAAUCUCCUCCACCUCUCUAGGUAUCCAACGGCAACUUGAAUCCGAUAUGGAAUUCCGGCAACCACCUCACCGCCGGAAUCACCACCACCUUCUCUAUUUCAAGCGCCACGACGCCCAUGGGAACUCCCCUCACCACAACGAAGGGCACAGGAAUCGGAGAUACCAACGACAGUGGAAUAGGCAUUCUCAAGCUAGAUCCUCUACUAGCCACUUCACGAGGAAACCUUCUUCCAGACAGGGACAGAGAGCAGGUAUAGGAGUUCAUAGCAGGAACGGACAUCCUGCUCAUCACAUGAGGUAUUACGCACAAAACCUUUUCAGUCCCUCAGCCCUACACCUGAUUGACGGGAAGUCAAGACACGCUCAAAUUACAGGGCCACACUUACUUGGACGAAGAUGCAAUGUUCAGCGUCGUCAACACCAUCAACCCCAAACGGGGGAAUCAGACGAUGGCUGGCGCACCGUCUCCUACAGGGGACGCCGCCAUCACUUCCACCCCAAACGCCGAUUCCCGUCGCUCCCAAACACCAACUCGGAAAUCAAUUGGGCAGCGGAGAAGGAUAAUCGCUACCACCUAUUAAGACUCGGAAACGAAAUCCCUACCCAUCCCACCGAAUUCGAUUUUGAAUCAGAUACAGCGCCCCCGGUUAAUGAAACUCACAGAACUAGAGAAAACAACAGAGGAAUUGUGAGGAAAGUCAGGCGAGACGGUCCAAAUCGCCGACAAAGGAAACCAUCAAAAUGUUGUGGUCCCAAUCGCAGGCCGGCGACCGCCACGCCGGUGGCUCCAACCAUCUCAUCACCGGGUCCCUCGCCUGACAAAGCCAUCGCCACACUGCUGGCUCCAUCCGUCAACUGUCUGGAUGUCGACGAGACACACUCAGCGGGUAACGCCCAAUUCACAUGGGCUGAAAUUGUUAGAAACGAUACGGACAAACAACACAGCAAGGCAGUCUCAAUAUUACCCCAAGCUCAUUUUUCAAAAGAAAAAUCAAUUAUCCCAUACCACAUGCAAAUGGACUCGGCUGAAAUAAUCCAGGCAAUGCCAGACGCAAAGGACACAGAAAAAUUUUACUUCUUUGGAGAGCAGGGAUUUGACUCUAUCAAACUUGAAUCUGCGGUCUUCUGAUUUUGCUAUCCGAAACAAAGAAAUUGUUAUCUUUGAAAUUAAAAAAUCCUAUUUACACAGGAUAAAUUUCAAAACAGAGCUUGCACCCCAGAUCUACCGUUUUAUCCACAAUCUCAUAAGGUCAAAAAAUUUUAAUCACGGGCGAAGCAGAAAAUUCGGUCCUAUCACGAUCUCUUCAGUGCUCAACAAAUCGAGGUGUUAUCUGAAGAUUGCUAAGGAAAAGGGUAGUUACAUUCUAGUGCCCAACAGUCCACAGAAUUCCAACCUCAAUGAUUUUAUGACACUAUUUUCCAAUUUCGUUGGAUUAUCUUAUUUAGAGCAGGAGGAACCGAUGCAUUGGGAGAAUGAGACCUCGUCAGACACUGGGAAAAUCACCAUUUCGAAACUCAUAUUUAACUUUGAAGUUCAGAGAGCCUAGUGUGAGAAGCAACAACCACAAAUUCCACUUAUUCAGGCGUAUUCUGAUGCCUCAGACAGCUUUGACCAUUCUGAUGAGUCUUUCUUUUCAGACGAUUUUCUAGGACAUGCAUCCGAAAACGAUCGGCGCCCACCUAUAUCAAAAGAGGAAGAAAUUGGGAAAUCCAAAUUCAACAGAAGGAUUUGUCGUAAAUCAAAGUUCGUCACCCCAGAAAAUUGUCUGCCAACAGAGAAUCUCAACACACAACUCAAACUUUACAGGAAAUCUCAACAAAACAAAAGGCGACAUAGCAUGAGGACUAGAUCACAGUCCAGAGAUUUUCCUUGGGUCUAGUUUUUUGUUACUCUAUAUUUUCUGCUCUGUACUCUUUUAUUUAGCUUCUUGCAUUGUAAUUUUUUUUGUUAUGAAUAAAAUCUUAUUUUUCCCAAAAAA